AUGGGCUCAAACACGGCAUCGUCGGACGAUUCAGAAAACAGAUAUGCGAAGGACACAUCGGUCAUAGAAACACGAGCCCGAUCUCAAGACUGCAGUGCUACUGGAGUGCCAUCGACUGCAAGCGAAGCGAAGCAGUUUCGAGAGGUGGGAGUCAAUACCACAUGCGAGGCCGCGAUGCUGCCGUCGGCGGCCGACCCACCGACGGAAGACGAGAACAAACGCUGGUCAUGGCGAGUUUACUGCAGCCCCGAGGUCAUCCGGGUUUUCGUACUUGUCACUGUUGUCCUUGUCAUGACCGGCUGGUGGAUUGCUGGCCUGAUUCUCCACCGCCACGAUCUCGGAUGGGUGGUCCCAUUCUUGGUGUGGCUUGCAAUCGUCUCACGAAUAGUUGCCUUGUAUCAUGGGACAGGUCGACGCGUGUCAGCGAUGUUCCACCGAGCCGGAACGCAUCCGGCAAUUCUCACACAAUACCCGAACGUCCCACUUGCCAUUGCAACGGGGGCCAUUGUUAUUCUCGGCACCUAUGUGCCAGCCGCAUCGGACAACAAUACGCGUGCUGACAGGACCAUUAGCUUAUUGGGAAUGAUUGUGUUCCUCGGUGCAUUCUAUGUCACAUCGCGGAACCGUGGAGAGAUCAACUACCUCGCCGUAUUUGGUGGCGUAGCAGCGCAGUUUAUCCUUGGUCUACUGGUUUUAAAGACAAAGGCCGGGUACGAUGUCUUUGACUUUAUUGGAGAGAUGGCCAAGAAGCUGCUGGGAUACUCGGCAGAAGGUACCGUCUUCUUGACAAGCAAGUCGGUCUUGUCGGCGGGCUGCUUCUUGGUCGCCGUCGCGCCCGCAGUCAUCUUCUUCGUGGCCUUUGUACAGCUCCUGCAGUACUGGGGCUGGAUUGGUUGGCUGGUCGGUCAUUUUGCCACGGUAUUUACCUACCUGCUUGGCAUCUCGGGAGUAGAGGCUGUCGUGGCAGCCGCUUCGCCAUUUAUCGGCCAAGGCGAGUCUGCCGUCCUGAUCCGCCAAUUUAUGCCGCGCCUGACGGACGCCGAGCUCCACCAGAUCAUGACCUCUGGAUUCGCCACAAUUGCCGGCAGCGUCAUGUCAGCCUACAUGCAGAUGGGCAUCAGUCCUGUGGCAAUUGUGUCGUCCUGCGUCAUGAGCAUCCCUGCAUCGAUUGCACUGUCAAAGCUACGCUAUCCGGAGACGGAAGAGCCUGUCACACGGGGACAGGCACCGUCGCGAAAUGAGGCCCACGACGAACAAGUACAGGUCAAUAUGGAGGAAGGACACCCAGAGUUCCGUCAACGGGAGGGCUCUUAUGCAGGGGAGCAGGUUGUCGAGGAAGAGCGGACCUACAAUUCACUGCAUGCUGUCGGCCGUGGCUCUUGGCUGGGACUCAAAAUCGCGGGCAUGAUCGUUGCCAGUGUGCUCUGCAUUAUGGCACUGAUCGGUCUUGCCGAUGGUCUGCUCGGCUGGUGGGGAAGCUACGUCAACGUUCCACAGCUGAGCAUCCAGCUCAUCUUGGGCUAUGUGCUGUAUCCUGUGGCAUUCCUGCUCGGUGUUGACCGCAACAAUGAUGGCGGCAGCGACCUGCGCAAAGUCGCCGAGUUGCUGGGCAUCAAGAUUGUGGCCAACGAGUUUGUCGCCUACGGCGACCUGACGUCGGACCCGCAGUACAGCACGCUGUCGUUGCGGUCGCGCAUCAUCGCCAUGUAUGCGCUGUGUGGCUUUGGCAACUUCAGCGCUGUGGGCAUCCAGAUUGGUGCCUUGACGCAGCUUGCGCCGAGUCGAUCUGGCGAUGUGGCACGUGUAGCCCUAUCUGCGCUUAUCACGGGCAUCGUCGCCACCCUGACCAGUGCCAACAUUGCGGGCAUGCUCAUGGAUGGCAGGGGUGUGUGA